AUGAGCUCGAGAGAUAUCGCGGCUAGUCUUCGAAAUGCAACGUACUACCCUGGAACGUCCCGCGCAUUUAUUCCCUCCGCGGCAAUCCGGAAAAUAUGGGCUGGAGGUCGCCUGGAACAGUUCGCGAUGGACCAUGGCCUGGGACUCCAGCAGAGCGAGAUCGAUACCGCCAGAGUCGGACUGUUGCAUAUAAUAUCCAUACUUAUUGGCAUAUCUUGGUCGGACUGGUCAAGGUUCAAGGCGAUUUUCUUUCCCGAAGACCUGGAUGUUGCGCUUUAUCGUCGAGAUCGAAACGUCCUUUCGUUCACCAUGGAGCAACUGGAGGACGAAUGCUUUUUUGGAAGUGACAGCCCCUCGGCGCGUCUUUUCGCUACAGAAAGGUGGACAUACUUUCCGAUCUUGUUGAGUCGUGGCCAAGAAGAACCCUACAAUGAGGACUAUCGGCUCCCAUUGGUUCGAGUGGAAUCAGAAACUCCUAAAAGGGGCGGAUUUGGGAUUGUUACAAAAGAAAAGAUUCCCGCCGGGCAGAUUAUUCUUAAUCACCUCCCUGACCAUAAUACGGGUGUUCUUAACGAUACGGAACUGAUAGUUGCACGGAAGAAGUUUCACACAGGCCGCUCUUGGCGUGAACUUGUAAAUCUGAAGAUUUUUCGAUCGAAUCGGGUCAUUCACCAACGAAUCCUUUCCGAAUUCGCAAUCGUUACGGUCGGCAACGAUUUGAAUAUCAUCUCACCGUGGGCGGACAUGGACCUGGAAGACUUCAUGCAAGGGCGCUAUAGAGAAAUGGAAAAGAAUCCUUCUCUGGUUGACUUCAUCGCAGAAGCCAAGGAGCUGGCUGGUGCCAUUCGCUUCAUGCAUUUUGGGCUUCAGCCUGAAAGCGAAGCAGAUAACCUCUGGCAACAGGCGAUGUGUCAUUUGGAUCUAAAGCCUAGGAAUAUCCUAGUAUUCCGAAGCCCUGGGAAGCCUGCAACGGGGAUUUGGAAAAUCACAGACUUCGGUAUAUCUAGAAUAGCGCCCCAAUUUCCCUCAGUGAUAUUGGAGGGGUGGGCAAGUAACAGAUAUGAUUCCGGAUUUUGGGCCGAGACGUUGGAUAUUCCUCUUCCUGAAUGCGGCUCAUAUCAGAGCCCAGAUUCUGUGGUCCAUCCCAAAUGUGACGUUUGGUCUUUCGGGUGCAUACUCGUUCGCCUAUUUGCUCUGGGCUUUGAUCCGGCAGGGUUGGAAACUCUUGAUCGAUCAAGACUUCGAGCGACGAAUGGAGAAGGAUUUUACAGUCAUGAUCGUUUCCAACGAAGAAGUCCUCCGAUUCUUAAUCCCCACGUGGAGUCCUGGAUCAAAGAUCUGCCUGUCAAGUAUGCAGCCUCCUACGAGCCUGAAUUCUUGACCGGAAUACAGCAGCUUCUUGGGUCAAUGCUUGCCAUAAAUAUUAACGAACGACUGUCCGCACAUGGUGUUUUUGCCAAGUUACAUACACUCCAAAGUCGAGGACGUCGGUCCAGCAUGAGUCCAUCGACAACAUAUCCGAAUGAGGAUCUGAAUCUCCCUGGUGGUAAUGAAUUAUCCAUUGGAGGUUCCGGAGAUGGAACCAGUGGGCGAUCCAUGUAUAGCCGCCGUCUGCGUUCUGAAGUUGGACCGAACGACAACACUCAAAGUUCGGUUCCGAUUCCAGAAAGGAUCCCCACAGGGCCCAGGCACCCUGGCCGGUUCUUGUCUGUCGGUGUCCUCGUUAGCACCAUUAAGAAUGGUACUCUCAAAGACGUUCUGAACUGUCUCCAAGCAGAAGUUGAUUUAGAGGAGAUCGACGAUAACGAGAGACCUCUCAUCCACGCGAUUCAAAAAGGAAGCGCUCCUAUUGUCGAAGCACUUUUAAAGAAGGACGCGAAUCCGGAAUUGCCUGCUUCAGAUGGGCAGUCUCCACUGAACCUCGCCAUUUGCAAAGGAAGCCUGACGAUUGUCAAGCUCUUGCUCAAAGCCAAGGCUUCCGUCAACAGGUUGUCCAAGGACAACAGGACUCCUUUGAUGGAGGCUGCCCGUGCAGGGCAUGCCGGCAUUAUUUUGGAACUAUUAGAUUCCGGUGCAGAGUGUGAAGUCUUCAUCGGCAGAUGGAACUGCCUACAUUGGGCCGUGUGCAAUACGCACUGCGAGGCGGAUGUGAUCCAGACAUUCAAUGGCCGCAUGGACUUUGAUAUGACUCCGCCUGGCUUAAGGGAUUCGGACUCAUUCGCAACACCCCUAAUGCUACACGUGGUGAGGCUUUUCGAUCAUUACCGCGAGGACGAAAAGAUGAGAUGGACUAGAAAGUUUAAUGCUCUUCGGAGAGGAGGGGCAGAAUUGAACAGGAGGUACAUUUUGAACCCCAACUGCCACUCAAGAACCCCCUUGGAGGUUGUCGUGGAUGAAAAUAAGGUGCUCCUUGCCAAGGCACUUGUUGAUGCCGGGGCAAAGUUGCCGCACGAUUACAAAAGGAGUAGCCUUUCGGCCGACAUGAAGAGAAUUGUGGACGAGGCAAGGGAAUCACGACCAGAAAAAAAUAAGGGGUUUUCUCUACGCGCUUGGCGGGGAUGA